GGGAGGCAGAAGAGAGAUGAGAUGUACAGGCCAAAGGAUGGUCCAGACUUGGAGAUUGAAAAUUCCAGUGGGUUUACAGAAUGCUCUGGGAGAUUUUGCUUACGCCUAUAGAGGCUGUGCUAAUACUGGACCAGUGUCUGGAGGCACUGAUGAGCUGGAUAAGGUUGAAAAAAAUGAAGCUGAAUCCUGAUAAGAGCACGAUGCUGUGGAUAGGAGGUUCCCAGGUCUGGGAAUUAGGGAGACAGCCUGUUCUGGAGGCAUUGCACUCCCCGUGCAGGAGCACAUAUGCAGCUUGGCCGCACCCCAAUUCUGUGCAGUGACUGGCAACCCAAGUGGCUUCAGUGAAGAGGAGUGUUUAUCCCCAACUCUGGUUGGUUCCCCCGCUACAGCCAUCUGUGGACUGGGAGAGCCUGGAACCCGUGAUCUACACUCUCAGCUGGACUACUGUAAUGGCUGCCACAUGGGGCUGCCCUCCAAGAUAGUCCAGAGGCUGCAGCUAGCAUAGAAUGCCACAGCCAGGUUGCUACAUGGGAUAGCAAAGAGGUAAAUAGGUAAAGGUAAAGGACCCCUGGACGGAUAAAUCCAGUCAAAGGUGACUAUGGGGUUGCGGCGCUCAUCUCGCUCUCAGGCCAAGAGAACCAGCGUUUGUCGACAGACAGCUUUCCAGGUCUCGUGGCCAGCAGGAGUAAACUGCUUCUGGCGCAACAGAGCACCGUGAUGGAAACCAAAGCACAGGGAAAUGCCGUUUACCUUUCCGCCACAGCGGUACCUAUUUAUCUACUUGCACUGGUAUGCUUUCGAACUGCUAGGUUGGCAGGAGCUGGGACAGAACAACGGGAGCUCACCACCAUCGCAGGGAUUCAAACCACCGACCUUCUGAUCGGCAAGCCCAAGAGGCUCAGUGGUUUAGACCACAGCGCCACCCACGUCGCUAUUGAUAGCAAAUAGAGAUCCCAUUACACUGUUUCUUAGAGCUCACAGCACUGGCUGCCUAGGCUCAAUUCAAAGUCUUGGUGCAGAAUGUCAUAUAUUAUCUGCAGUCUAAGCACAGGUACUCCUUCAAGUACUUUUGAAGACAUUAAAGCAUGGGCCAGAGCAUGUUCUUGGUACCAUCAGUGGAAAAUCCUGUAGGACAAUGGCACAAGGAAGGAACUUCUCAGUGGCUGCCCCCAGACUAUGGAAUUUGCUCCGAACUGAAAUUGACCACCACCACCGCCUUUGGUCAUUAGCUGCAGACAUUUUAACAGGUAAGAGCUUAUUAUCUGCUGCCUUGUGUUUUAAAUGUUGCCAUUGAUCUGUUUUAAUUAAAGUUGUACAGUGGUACCUCGGGUUACAUACGCUUCAGGUUACAGACUCCGCUAACCCAGAAAUAGUACCUUGGGUUAAGAACUUUGCUUCAGGAUGAGAACAGAAAUCGUGCUCUGACGGCGCGGCAGCAGCAGGAGGCCCCAUUAGCUAAAGUGGUGCUUCAGGUUAUUUGGCUUUAGCAGAAAUGUUAAAAAGAACUAUGUAAGAAUAUGUUAUGGUUAUGAGAAAUUGGUAUAAAUAAGAUUUAAGUUUUAAGUUUUGGGGUUUUUUAUGGUAAGAUAAGGUUAAAAUAGAUUAAGGUAAUUUAAUGACAGAAUAUUAUGAAAAAUGGAAAGGAUUUGCUGUGACAAUCAACAACUAGAAUACAAAAAAGGGAGGUGUGAGGAGGUUGAUGAAAUAAGGUAAUGACAGUUAAGGAUUUGGGAAUAUUGGAUCUGUUUUUAAAUUUUUGUGGUUUAUUUUUGCUUUCUGAUUUUGAUGUGCUAUGUGUUUUGUUUUUGCUUUUUGCUUUUGACUUUUAUUGAUCUGUAUUGUUUAAUUGCUAUUUGUUUCUUUCUUGUUUUUUUCUUCUUUUUCUCUUUGUUUUUUUUUUGUAAUUUUAAAAUUCUCAAUAAACAUCAUUUAAAAAAAAAAAAAACAGUUUCAGGUUAAGAACGGACCUCCGGAACAGAUUAAGUACUUAACCCGAGGUACCACUGUAUACUAUUUGUAUUGCAUAUUAAGAUUGUUGGUAGCUGCCCCGGGCUGUAGCAGGAGGGAGUGUGGGGUAUGGGAACAAUUAAUAAACCUACAAAUGGCAUGUAAAUGAGCUCACAGGGGUGCUUGACCCUCAACCACUUCCCUUCUCAGAAUUGCUCCCCAUAAUAUUUACCCUUCCCAAAGGCACAUCUGGGUCACCAUGAAGAAAGGGAGCAGUUAAAACGACAUGAAAAGCUCCUUUAGGGAGGGGACCCUUUUGAGUGGAAAAGUCCCAGGUAAGGCUGUACCACUAGCUGUUUUUUCCAUUCCAAAUCUGCCCCACUCAAAUUGCUCCCUUUCCAGAAUUGGUGGUGAGCAAUUCUGAGCAGGGAAGUGGUUGAGGGUCAAGUCUUUCUUCCACCCCUCCUCCUCCUCCUCUUCCUCCAUUCGAAACCAUAUAUUCCCAAGUCCACUUCUUUUAAAAAUAAAUAAAUGGUGGAGCUCCUUAAAUAGAUACAAGGUGUAGUUUGCCCUUUAUACUUGCAGAGAAGUCAAAAUUGCCUAUUUCUAGAAGGAGAGGGAAGAAGACAUUGGCCUACUUAUCAGCAGUCUGGCACUCUCCAUGGACCUUUCACCUUUGCAAAAAAAGCCAAUCCAUUCUGCUGGCAAAAAAGAUGUUUUUUCCGCCCACCAGAAUCACCCCCAGCCUCUCCCUCUCUCUCCCCCCCCCCCCAGCUAUGCAGGGAGGAACUGACAAGUCCAUUUGUGUAGCUUGGGAAAUAAAUCUGCCCACUUCCCAUAAAGGGAUGGGGAUAGGUGUGGUGUAGUAAAAAAAGGAACAGCCCUUUCCCUAAGACGAAGGGGCAAAGUGGUAUAAGGGGCCUGACUUGGAAUCAGCAGAUCUGGUGAGAGAGGACGGGAGCAAGGGAGCAGACAGGGGUUCGUGCUUGAGCUCUGAAUCAUCGGAAUGUAUAAAGCAAGUGCGGGAAAAGUCGGGGAGCCUUGACACGGAGCAAUCUGCCUGAGAAGCAGCUUGGCAGGUAAGUGCUUGCUGAUCCUAAAAGGGCGAAAGGGAGACGGAAUAGGAGCCAGUUCAGCACAGAGAAACCAAGUUAAGUGUUUUUUGCAAUAGAGGGCAAGAUGGCAAGCGGGGGUUAUUGGGCUUAGCCACUAUACCAGCGUCUCAUUAAAGGGGGGAAAUUCUGCACAUGCCGUUUCUUCUCCCACUGGGGUUUCUGUGCCUCAGCUUUUAAAAGACCAGAAGACACCCCCCCCCCUUUGAGUAAACAAGUGAGAACUGAGCUCCCUGAUACCUUCCAAGCAAAGAGUAAGUAAAAAAUUGUGCAUCUAGGUAAAAGAGGUGUGCGUUUUUCUUAGGGUUACAAUGUGAUAGGGGAAAAAACAUCAGACUGUAGGGUAAUGGGUGUAGCCAGGAUUUAUUUUAAUGGAGCAGGCUUUAUGUGGGAGGGGGCAGAACCGAGUUAUCUGCCACGCAGUUGGUCAGUUAAGUAUUUCUAUUUACAGUGGUACCUCUGGUUACGUACUUAAUUUGUUCUGGAGGUCCGUACUUAACCUGAGACUGUUCUUAACCUGAAGCACCACUUUAGCUAAUGGGGCCUCUCGCUGCCGCCACACAAUUUCUGUUCUCAUCCUGAAGCAAAGUUCUUAACCCGAGGUAAUAUUUCUGGGUUAGCAGAGUCUGUAACCUGAAGCGUAUGUAACCCAAGGUACCACUGUAUUUACCUUGAUGGGGGGAGAGCUGCCGUUCCCUACACCCCUUGGCUAAUAAUGACAAUAAAGAUAUUAUUAUUAUUAUUAUUAUUAAGCCCAUGUUUAGGGUUGCAGUGGUCUGGCGUAAGGAUGCAAACUGAUGCCAGGGGGCACCGCCUACCUUCGUGCCACUGUUGUCUCAUCCAGCAGUGCUACGAAAGAACAUUUGCAUGGUGAUGCCUAGCAGCCAGGGCACAGGAGGCCGAUAUGAAUGUUUGUAGCCUUAGGCCGUGUGGUCUACUACUCUCACUGUCCCCCAAAGCAGUGUUUACCAUAUCUAGACACAGGCAAACUCAGCCCUCCAGAUGUUUUGGGACUACAACUCCCAUGAUUCCUAGCUAACAGGACCAGUGAUCAGGGAUGAAGGGAAACAUCUGGAGGGCCGAGUUUGCCUAUGCCUGACCAAAUCCUUAACUUCACAGCAAUCCAUUGAGGUAGGACUCAUUAUGUGGAAUUACCAAAAUAGCUGUCUGCAGCCAGCCCAGUGAACCUGAGAACUGCACCCAACUGAGUUUCCAACACACUUGCCUCAGUGUUCUCUUGUCAGUUCAGCUUCUUGUGAUAUAUAGAUGAUGAUGAUUAUUAUUAUUAGGGUAAUGGAGAUUUCUUUUGUGAACAUGGAUAUUAGGCAGUUUCCAGUUGGGCAGCCAUGCUAGUCUUGUUCACUGCAUAUUGUGGCCCCUUGAAGGCCCACAUAAGAUGCCAUACGCUUUUGUGGACUUGUAUGAAGUUAAUACAGUGGUACCUCGGGUUACAGGCGCUUCAGGUUACAGACUCCACUAACCCAGAAAUUGUACCUCAGGUUAAGAACUUUGCUUCAGGAUGAGAACAGAAAUUGUGUGGCGGCAGCAGGAGGCCCCAUUAGCUAAAGUGGUGCCUCAGAUUAAGAACAGUUUCAGGUUAAGAACGGUUAAGAAUUAAGUUCUUAACCCGAGGUACCACUGUAUUUGACUGCACUCAACAUCACUGCUUUCCUUCUCUUUCUGAAAACAGGCCUCUCAUCUUCUUGAGGGAGCGGUUACCAUGUUCUGCUUCCUUGCCUGCCUGUUAGUCCUUGUACGAGAAGUGCCAGCCAGGCCAACGAAGGAAACGGGAUCUACAGCUCCUGGAGAUGCGAAAAUCCUUUUCCAGUUGAAGCCGAACACUUGGGAGGAAUAUGUCAACCUCAGUAGCCUGUCCUGCGGGGAUCUGCGUGCCCAGACAUGGACCUCCUUCCGCCUCAGAAAUCAGAGCCUGACUUCUUUCCCUGCCUGCUUGCCUGAGCUUCUGGUGCAUUUGGACUUGAGUGUCAACCUCUUGCCUGAAUUCAACAGCCAGGAGGUGGCUGACUUGCCAAUGUUGCAAUCCCUCUCCCUGAGGCAGAAUAAGAUUCAGCAAGUGACAUGGGAUGCCAGGAACCUCAGCCGCCUCCAGUUCCUGGACCUGAGCUUCAAUUUGCUAUCAGUUGUGCCCGCAUGCAGUGCAUCUGCUCCGCAAAACCUCAAGUGGUUUUCUCUAGCUGGAAAUCCCAUUGUCGAAAUCCAGCCAUUGGCUUUUUCCUGCUAUCCUCAAUUGCGGACCCUGAACCUGUCUUCUACUUGGCUGGGGAAGGAUGGGAAAGAGGGGAUUAAGGAAUCUGCCUUUGCAACCAUCUUCCUGCCUGGGGACGCCACCGAAAAUGCAGGAAGUGAUAUCUACUCGAUGGACCUGAGCGCAACCUAUCUGGAGAGAUGUAAGUACCGAAACCUAAGAGGAAAGCAUCAAGCACCAAACUCUUAGGGUGUGGGGAAAAGAGGAGACAAUGGCUGUAAGGAUUUCAGCUGUUUUGCCAAUGUGGUGAUGGGGAUAAUUUCGAAGAGGGAUGUAACACUAGAACUAAAUUUGAACUGGAAACACAUAAUUUGUAUGCACGUUUAAAGUCUUGACUAUAAAAGUGCAAAAUGAAUGAGGGAAUAGCUCGACUGCGUUUUCCGCUUCUGGACAUUUAUAAAUUUUUAUUUGUGCGUUCACCAAAAUUUCUACGGCAAAAGCUGAAUGCCAUCCCAAAGUAUAUCUAUGAAGAAAUCACAUAUUUAAAAUUAAAAUACAAAUUCACUCUUUGGAUGAAUUUGUUAAGGAAUAUUUGGGCAAAAUUUCAACCCUACUUAGCAUGAAUUCAGUUUUUAAUAGCCCCAGUCCCCAAUGCUCAUGCUACAUUACAUAGAAAGUUUUAAUAUAGUGGUACCUCUGGUUACGAACUGAAUCUGUUCCGGAGGUCCAUCCGUAACCGGAAACCAUUCUUAUCCUGAGGUGCGCUUUUGCUAAUGGUAUCUCCCGCUGCAUGUGCACUAACAUUUCCGCUCGCAUCCUGGGGCAAAGUUCACAACCAGGAGCAGCUACUUCUGGGUUAGCCGAGCUUGUAACCUAGAGUGUGUGCAACCAGAAGCGUCCACAACCAGAGGUACCACUGUAGUUCAAAAUCAAUAGUAGCUAUAGUGACUUGUCAAACCCUCAAAAUAACUCAUGCACAGCAAUCUUAUGGAUAAACACCACACAACUACCUGGCAUCUUUUAUUCUAUUUUAUUUUAAUUUAUGUAAUGUCUUAGCCUACUGUAUGGAAAACACUAAAAGGAAACCCAAACUUGCAACCAACCAAAAAAGAAAUAAAUCAGUAGUCACUCAAUGCCUCCAUGCAUAACAGUGAGAAGUGAGGUUACAGUGGCAGAGGGCCUUCUCGGUAGUGGCGCCUGCCCUGUGGAACGCCCUCCCAUCAGAUGUCAAGGGAAUAAACAACUAUCUGACUUUUCGAAGACAUCUGAAGGCAGCCCUGUUUAUGGAAGUUUUUAAUGUUUGAUGUUUUAUCAUGUUUUUAAUAUUCUGUUGGGAGCCACCCAGAGUCAGAUGGGUGGAGUAUUAACAACAUCUCAUAGGAUGCGCAUCAGGGCCCUUGACAUCCCAGAUUUGGGUAGUCAUGUGACUUGCUUUUACAGAGGGAAAAGUCUCGUUUGAUGGGCUGUAUCAGAGGACAGUCCUCUGUUUGCAAGAGAUUAAGGAACAAACUAACAUUUGGACUACAGAAAAGCAUACAUUUUCAGACUAGGCAACAGUCAUAAAGGAUAACUUCCUGGUGGUGCGGACAUACAAUGUGGGGUAGUCCACACUAGGAUGCAGAGUUGAUCAGCUAGUUUUUUAUUGGAAGAUGAACAAUCAAUGGCAACCAAUUGGAAGACUGGGGGCCUUGAAGCCUGUGAACAGCCUGAAGUGUCUGAACUUGGAGAGUCUCCAUUUUGGAGAGUCAAAAUGGAGAGCUUCCCAGUAAUCUCAUACAGCCUGAAACACCAGUUCUAUUCACAAACAAAUGGCACCAUAGUUCAGAGCACAGAGACAUUCACACACAUUACAUCAAUCUGGAAUAUUUUAUUGUAAUUGUCUUCAUGGUAGGGACAUAGCUAUGAACCAAUAUAUAAGCCCAUAGUAUAUUUCAGAAGACCUCUAUGCAACUUCACCCCGAUACUGAAUUCUGGAACUAAGGACCCAGGAAACAUCUCAGCCUUCAUGUAAUUCUUGCUUCUCUUCAACUCAGCCACUAGAGAAUAUUUGCACACUCACCAAUAUUUGUCAGGAGCAAAACAAGUUGUCUUUAAGAUGUCAUGAAGGCUGCUUGUAUGUCAAAUGGAGUUUCCUCUGUAAUAUGUUUGUUUGUUUGUUUGUCUUCCGCUUGACCCUCAGUGCAUCAGAACUGGACCAAAGAUCUGCCCAGGCUCUCAUUCCUUUAUUUAACAAAAAUGAGCAGGCUGAGAAGCCUUGAUGUCGACACCUUCCUGCAUCUUCCUGAGCUGAUAUUAUUGGACUGCCAAUAUUCCCAUGCCCUCAGUCUGGUGGAAACAGAGUCUUUCACCCACACGCCUCGCAUGGGUUUCCUCAUAUUCCAAAAGUAAGUUUUCCUAUCUCUGAGGAUUCCCCUGACACCAAGCCUCCCUUGUAAGCACAGGUGGACAGUGUUAGGACUUGAAUUCAGUUGUAGGACUGUGGUCUGAUAAGCUGAUAAAUUAUUACAACAUUAAAUGGACUGAUUCUGUAAUGGUGGAAGGGAACAUAGGGGGUAAAAUCACACACACACACACACCACUUUUCAUUACAGAAUUUAAACUGAUGUAGACCUAUAAAGUAGUCAUUUACGAUUCAGUUUUCCUUCUGUAUGCAAAAUGUUUCUGGAGCCAAAAAGUAUUCAAAGAAAACCAAUUAUGGGGAUCUUUUUUGCCCCCAUCAAAUGAAAAGUGUUUGGGUAAGUAUCUUCCAGCAAAAUGUAAUCCAGUAAUGUAAAUUUAAGGGCCCAGGCAAAGUUUGCUUUUUGAAAACAAAAAGACCUUAGGACAAAAACUGUCUAAAAAUAAGAAUAUUGAUUUUUUUGCCACUGUGGUCCCAUUCCCCGCUCUCCUAGCUAAUGUUAAUGUGUUUAAAAUGCCUCUCACAAAAACUAAGACAGAUGCAGAGAAGCAUGCGUGACCACCUUUCUUCUGACUCUACCACAUGGCUUUGUUUGGGGACAUUUUGCUACCUAGAGAUGCAUUGAAAGUUACCGUAUUUUUUGCUCUACAAGACUCACUUUUUCCCUUCUAAAAAGUAAGGGGAAAUGUGUGUGCGUCUUAUGGAGCGAAUGCAGGCUGCGCAGCUAUCCCAGAAGCCAGAACAGCAAGAGGGAUUGCUGCUUUCACUGCGCAGUGAUCCCUCUUGCUGUUCUAGCUUCUGAGAUUCAGAAUAUUUUUUUUCUUGUUUUCCUCCUCCAAAAACUAGGUGCGUCUUGUGGUCUGGUGCGUCUUACAGAGCAAAAAAUACGGUGAUUUCGGGUAGGAAAGCCACCUGUAAAAACGUUUGUUCAGUUAUUUAUUGAACUGGUUUUAAGCUGGUUUGUAUUUUCUGGGUAAGGGGCAAGACUGAACUCUGCAUCCUGAAUGAAAACCAAAUGUUGUUAUGUUUCUAUCAGAAUGAUUUAGGGUUCAUACAUCGUCAGACAUUUUAGAUUUUCUAUUUCUCCGUUUCAAUGGGCAUUCCUACGCAGGUCUUUGAACUGAUCUGUCUCUCUGUGUAUGUGCAUACAUGUGUGUGAGCAUGUGCUGGUCCAAUAGUCUGGCACCUGAGGUAAAAAGAACAAAAUGGCACCAUUUUGAGUGAAGAUCUACAUUAGGAACAAGGAUAGGAGACUAUCAGAGCCUCCUAUUCGUCAAGAGGUUGUUGUAGAAGCGGCAUGGAGUUGAGGCUGCCCAGGAGGUGGCAAAUCCGGCCUCCAAGGAAUGCGCUACAGCUGAAGAAUUCCUUGGAGGCCAGGUCUGCUGCCCUGUGGAUCCUGCCGCCUGAGGCAGUCGCUUCACCUUGCCUCAUAGGUGGGCCAGGCCUGAUGUGGGUUUGAUCUAAUACAUUGUUAGCUGUCUUGGGUGUUUCUGGAAGGGAAGGUGGAAUACAAAUGGAUUAUAAAAAAAUAUUUUAGAAAUAAUCACUGCUCUGGAGAAGGCAGAAACUGCAUGUAAUUUGAUAGAGAGAAUUAGCUAUUAAAACGACGUUGGUUGACCUAGUUUCUCUUAUUCCAGCUGCAAUUUGAGCUCUUUCAGUCCAUGGAAUCUCAGCUCACCGCAAAGCGUAAGGAUCAACCUCUAUGGCAACCCUUUGGUGUGCAGUUGUGAUCUUUCCUGGCUGCUCUCCAAGCCAGACAGAAUACUUCUACAGAGGUAAGGAGAAAUUUAGAAGCUGAUUCAAGGUACGUUGUUGGCAGUCUGUGUUGCUGCUUGUAAACUCCUGCUCUCAUCUAUUUCCUUUUGAUAUAAAAGAAAUGUCUUACUCUAGUGGUGGCAAAGAUAAGACCGAGCAUAUCAUAGAAAUAAGCGCUACAGGUGAAUAAAAAUUGCCUUCCCAAAUCUAUUGUCCUCCAGAUGUUUUGGAAAACACUUAUCAUCUUCCCUCACCAACAUUGGCUAUGCUGGAGUCCACAACAUCUGGAGGAUAGCAAGUUGGGGAAAUGCUGGUUUAUUUAUCUAUUUUUAAAUCUCUCUCUAAUAUAGCCUCAUUUCAGUUUUUGUGGGGCUAGCGCACAUAUUUAAGAGCACCAGCUCUAGGAUACGUGCUCACAUGUCCGUCAGUUUCACUAUAUCUUUCAAGAAAAUGACAUGCAGGCUAAAGUUAUGCACCAGAAAUAUGCACAGUGACUGGAAUAUUGUUGAUGAGAGGAUUACAGUUCUUGGAUUCUAGAAUUAUUACAAUUAGGUUACAUUUCUAAACUGAGUUGUCAGCCUGUGGCUGGCCAACUUGGUAUAAUGGUCUGAAACACUCAUGCACGCAACUCAUACAUAGCCUCAAACUAUGGAUAUAUCUCUGAGUGAUGUUAUAUUGAGGACAAUACUGAUCUCAUUCCACUUCCUAAUGACAACUGUUCUUGUUUCUCAUAUAUUAGGGCAUCAGAAACUUUGUGCUACCCAGAGGCCAAAGAAGCAUCUGGACCUAUGUUGCUGUCCAAGUUCUACAUGGAGUGCCAAAGGCAAAGAAUUUCCAACUUCACUCAAGUCAAGCUUUACGGUACGUCUCCCAGCUUCACGACAGACACCCUUCCAGACUCCAGUACAUUUCCCCAAGAAUGGCCCAGCAGCCCUUCUUCUCCUCAAUGCCCUCAUUUGACUUGGGGAGAUACAGCAAAGGAGGCUCCAACCGAAGCAGACAUUCUUGCCUACAAAGAUAAAACAUUUGGCAGAUCUACAGACGGCCCACCCACCACAGCAGCUCCUUCAAGAACUCUGGGGGAACUCUCUUCUGAUCCAACCCUAGUGAGCAUGACUGAAAUGAAUCAAAGGAAACAUGACACCACAGUAGUGGAUGGUUUUAUUGGCCACGAGGACGAAACAUGGUCCCACUUCGCUCCGCUCAGUCCUACAGCUGAAGAGACAGCGGCAGAUUCUUCUGUGUUGAUCCCACACAAUACGGUAAGGCCAGCUCAGUCUACACCACUGUUGCAAAGCCCCACUAAGGGAGUCCCUCUUCUGAAUCUUGCAACCACUCGUAACAGUCCAAGAUCUUAUGAAGAUUAUUAUGACUACGAUAAGCAGGAGGAGGAAUUUGUGGCUCAGGGCCUUGGGCCUUGUGAUUACGAUCCAUGCAGACACCUCCAAAAGCCUUGCUUUGAUCUCCAGUUAUUGUCUCCUUGCCUGUGCCCGGGGAUCUCUGAUGAAUUCACCAUCCCAGAUCCUCCAAGGCUCCGCGAGAUAUCUGAAAUUAGGGACACGUCAGCAGAGGUCUGCUGGUGUGCCCCAUAUUCAGCGGUAAGAUUCUACCAGCUUGCUUACCGCCCUCAGGACAGCAAGAAUUUCACUGUAUCUGGAGAGAUUUAUGCCACGGCUAGGCGAUACACACUGUACAAUCUCCUGCCUGGCUCAACUUACCAAGUAUGCAUAAUGGCUUCAAACAAGGCAGGAUUGAGCCAGACUGCAGAUUGGAAUGAGCCCAGUUCUCCAUGUGGUUCCUUUAAAACAAAGUCCAGCUACAAAUCUAUCUUUGCCACUUUGUGUGCAACGAGUGGAUUCUUUCUUAUUGCUACCGUCUUGUUGUCAGUGUGUCUCUGCAAAAAGUGUAAAGGACCCCACACGGAGCAUUAUAACACACACCUUGUCUCGUAUAAAAACCCUGCUUUUGAUUACUCCUUAAAAUAAAGGUGAACAGGAUUGGCAAAAAAAAAAAAAAUCUAUUUGAUGGCAUUUGCCUUUUCGUACAGCAAAAGGGAAGAAAACAGUUUAAAAUACCUUUCCUGCUCUGUGAGCUUCUUUCCAGAAUUUAAAUUGUUAUUUGGAUAAGUACAGUAAAUAAAUAGGAGAAGUAGGCAACAGGAAAGUAUUUCUUUGCUUCUGAAAGUGUCUUAAAAAACCAAAGUAAUCAUUACGAAUAUAAAUUUGCAGGGGGGGGGAUUCCACCCCCAUUAUUCCUUCUCCCUGCAGCUCCCUAAAAGAUUGUGGGCAGCAGGGGAGAAAAUCAGCGAAAAGUACCUCCCACUUCCUCCAAUACUGGCCAUGAUCCUGCUAGCAGAAAAUUGAGCCCCAGUCAGAUGCUGCUACCACCUUCUUUAACGUGACUCAUUAGUGGAAUCCUGCCCAUUGUGUCCCUUGCACAAUGCCAUGUUAUGAAUUUCAUUCCUACUUCAGGUUUCAGAACAAAAUAUUGAGCGUGCAAUUUUUCAUCACUAUGUUGGCUUUACAUGGGCUGAAAAGCCUUUUUGCAAGGUUGUUGUUCCUAGCAGCACCCUCUAUUUAUCUGGAACAGCCUGGUUAUGUCAUUAUGAUGUUGUGAUCUGCAGUAUCAAAUAAGUGGUCAGGCUGGAAGCAGGUCAGGCUCUUCACACAGUAGUGAAGAGAGAUAAGGCUAAGUUAAUACUAGCAGCAGGUAGAUUAAUCUACCAGUGAGAUAAAGAUACUAGAAUAAAUGUGUAGAAGCCACAUUAGAAAGCCAAUCCAUCUUCACAUUAUUCCUACCAUAGGAGUUGGAUAACAACUAGCAGCACAAUUAGACACCAAUAGUUGAGUCAUAGAAAAAUUUAUUUUAAAAGUGCAGAGGCACUGACUAUGGACAAGCCUUCACAUCAUUUUUCAGUUCUCUUUAAAACAUUUGAGACAUGUGGUAUCUAUUCUUGUCCAGUUGUAAGAAUGUACCUGAGUGCUUCUACAGUACAUCAUGCUCUAUUUUGUCUUGAUAAACUUAAAAAGCUUCUUUAUCUUCUUACACUGCAACACAACUGGACUGCAGCAUUCUGAGGUUACAUAAACUAUCAAGUAUCUUUUCAAUAUACCUUCUUUAUACAAGUUAGAAUAUAUCAAACAUAUUAAAAUUGUUUUUAUACUCCAUCAAGCCUUUGAUUCCACAAUAAAUUCACUUCUGGUGAGAUAGCAGCAUAAUCCAACAUGCAAAAGUUCAUUUUCAGUUUAUAGAACCUUUUUACAGGUCAUCUUGCUCACCAUAUGCAAAAGACUACAUGCCUAUAGAUGGACUGUGCUCUGACAGGCCAUCAUUUAUCUUCCAUGUCUGAUGUUUUAAAUAGGAAAUUUAAAAACUGCCUCCUACUGUUUUAUUAAAAGAACUAGCAUAUUCAUUUCAUACUAACCACUAAUGCAGAAUACUUGCUUGCUUGAGCUACAGAAGUCCUAGAGAUCACCUGUGACAUUGCCCAGAAUUUUAUUCAUUAUGUCCUAAUCAUGUCUUUUUUCCAUCAGUGGACUUUUCAACAUCCUAUAAGCUAACCACACUGUAAGUCCUUUCUUAGUUUUAACUUCACUACCUUUAUUUUAUUGUGUUUUGUUGAAUAUGGGAAACCAAACUCUUGUACCAUACAGGUAACAAGAGGAGCAUCUGUUCUGGCAAUAUUAGCAGCUCCACCCACUACUUCAUACAUCAAUUUUAGUAAUCCAGUUUUUUAUCUACUAUGCUACACCAACUUUUUUCAUUAUUUCAACACAUUU